AUGAAUUGCUCGCCAACUCCUUUUCUCGCUCUUUUCGUUCUUCUCACGGCAAUCAAUGCAAUGGUUUGUAUCUUUUGUUUGUGAGAUACAAUUUCUCUGUUAGGAAGGCUCACUGUAGGUUUGAUGAAUUAUUGUCUGAAUUUCGUGAGAGAGUUCCCACUGAUAGGAAUUGAUUUCAGGUCAUAAACGAGGAAAUGAGAGGUCUAAAUGAGUCACAGAAAAGUCAAAUCUUGACAAUCAUAUUAGACAAGCCGGCUGAAAAGGCAAUCUUCGACGUCACAGAGGAGCCUUUGAGGUUUUUUUUUUCGCAAAAACAUCUUCUAAGUAUUCAACAGUUUUUUUUUCGAAAAUAAAAAUUAGAAGUCGAAAUCCACCCGAUUAAAAAUCGCUUCUACAUUGAGAUUUUCCCCCAACGUUUUUAAAACAAAAUUUUGAUUUUUUGUCAUUUCAUUUAUUUAUUCACAGCAAUAUCAAAAUAUAAAUUGAAAAACGUUUAUUUUUCGAUUUUUUUACUCAUUCAGUAGCUCAGAGUGCAGGCAAGUUAUAAACAACUUAUGAUUGGGAAAAUUUCGGAGCAGAAAACGGAAAGAUCGGAGAAAUAUUUUUUCAGCUUUCAAUCUUUUUUUUACAUUCAGAAACAAUAAACGCGCAUUUUUAGUGAGAAGGAAUCGACGGGAGGAGUCGACGCCAUAUACGGACCUUCGCUGUCUGCGCGGCCGGCCCACAAGUCAUCGGCAGCUUUUCCGGAGACCGACUUCGAGAGCAAGGAGCAGAAAAGUCUCCAGGUCGUCAACGUCGUCUUCAUCUGCGUCGUCAUCGUCGGUCUCCUGGCUUUCAUCUUCAAAAUCUUCCGCGGCAUGCGCAGUAGUGGAAACGAGCUGGCCGAUCCGGCCUACAGAAAGUUUUGAGCUUUUGAAUCAAAAUCAUCGACUUGAAGAGUCUUUUGCCAAAUAGAAAUGCACAGGUAGGACUUCCGAGUGAAGUUAUCUUCGAUUUCCGUUGUAUUCAUCAUCCAAAUGAUUGUAUAUUUCUCUCCCGGUUGUUUUCUUCUUGACAAAAAUAAAGAUCUCAUUCUUAUUACGGAGAAGCCAGAUGUUCAAGCAGACCUCUUGAGUUUUUUACAAUUACAGGAACAGUCAAGAGCGUUUUACGACACCGUAAACGGUCCAUGUAUGGUCUCCAGACCGGGAUGACCGCUAGUUAUAUGAUUGAUACUCUCACAGACGCUGUUCUGAAAGUCAACUAAUGCUAUUGCUUCAUAAUCUCCGAGAAGAACUGAAACAAUGAUUUAAACAAAUUUUCUCCCAUUUUGAGGUUUUACUCACAGAAUUUCGUGAAUAAUUUCGUAAAAAGAUUACUUCAUUACUAGCGAGACUUUUUCGUGAGAGACUCCCACAUAAGGCCGAUGACUGUGAAUGAGUCUUUUUCUCAAGAAAGAAAAAGCGCAACCUGCUAUCUGUUACGUCAUCUCGACGCAACGCGAGCCGCUCCUCUCAAGUGUCCCAAACGCCGCUUGGCCCGAGCGGCUUCGGACAAGUGCCUUGCGACUUCCUAAAAGGCGGGAAACAGAGCACGAUUGAGAAGAUCAACGGUCCGAUUAGCCGUUUGAUUUAUGAGAAAGUUAUUAUAAUCUCAGGUGCGACUUGAGUGGGAAUAUAGAGUCAAAAUGAAGCUCCGAAAGUAAAUUUAAAUAAAUUUCGAAAUAAAACUUCUUUUGAUUAAUCAAUCAGAAUAUUUUUUUGUUAAUUUCUCUCUGUGUUGAUCUUAACUAGCUAUACAAUAUAAAAAUACAGAUUUUUUUAAAAAGAUUGAGAAGUUCAAGUUUUUCACUUAAUUCUCAACAAAAUUCGAGGCGACGGACUUCUCCAUUAGGUAUCUUAUCUCAGAAAUAUGCAAUAUCUCGCCAAAAUUUCAGUCGGUCUUAUCUCUUCGAUGAUACAUUCGUUGGUCUGGUACUGUUACGUAAUUAGCCUUAUCGCCUAGGCUACGAUAAGUUUCCAACCUUAGAAAUAGGUUUGCCUUCACCUUUUUUCGCGUGUCUAAUAAGUUUCGUGAAAGUUGAACGAAACAUUCUUACUUCAGUAACGAUUGGAAAGAAUUUUAAAAAACUGUUAAAAUCGAAAAAAUGUCAACUGCAACGCAACCGGAAUGCAUUGUGCGAUACCGACGUUCCAAAGACGGAAAACUAUAAAUCUCAAAUUUAAACAUUUUUCCAGCAUUCACCCUCCAAAAUUGAAAUUUUUAAGACUUGACAAAUAUGUAAUGAAUAUUAUGUUUGAGAGGGAAAAACCGCAGAUAGUAAAAUAGAUUAUUUUUAAUUUUUAAUCCGAAAAUAAAUAUUAUGUUAAACCAAUUAUUAGUGCUCUAAAAUUCUGAAUUGGUCUCAAUUUCAGUCUGAAGGAACUCUUUCCGCCAAACGCCUGCUUGGCCUUUGAGAAAAGUUGGCUUUCGAAGUUUCAGAACAAUACUUCCGAUUUUUUUGUCUUCUCUUAACCUUUUCGCAUGCUCUAACAAGGAAAUGGCGGAUGAACUAUAUUAAGAUCCACUUUGCACCUGGGAUCGAGCCGGAAACACGGCUAAAUAGGAUCAAAUGAGCAAGUCUCACAUUUGUUGGGCAAGAAGAACUCGCCUCGCAGAUCUCGCACCAGCGCCAGGUGCAUCUCCGUUUCUCCGAGUCUCCACUCUCCGCACGCUCUCUCGUCCGAGCCUGUGGCUCAUCCUCGUCAGAAAAUUGUCGUGAACGGAGUCGGGACUCGCCCGAGCACAAACACGUGGUUCGGCGUCGUCCCACAACUAGGUCAUGAUAUGGAGGCUACCGUAAUUGGCCAACAACUCGCUUGGACAUGA